AUGGCUAAAAAUUCUAGAAAAAAUGCUGACUUUAUUUCACUUAAAUAUACUUCAUUUGAACCACAAACGUCCAAAGACGUAGAUAAUUAUACUGAAGACGAACUAAUGGAUCCAUUAUUAUCUGAUAACUCUCAUAGUGAAGAAAUUGUUGUUACAAAUGAUGAAUCAGAUAAUUUAUAUAUAGAAAGUGCUGAGGGAAUGAGAAUUCCACGCAGUGGUGGAUCGGUGUUCUCUAGCUUUUUGAAUAUGGCAAAUAGUAUUAUUGGAGCUGCUGGAAUAUUUACAGGAAUGAUAUUAUUAGUUGGUCUUACUUUUGUUGUAGAUUGGACAAUUAGACUUUUAGUACUUAACUCAAAAUUAUCUGGAAGAAGUUCUUAUCAAGAUAUAAUGUACUUUUGUUUCGGAAAAAGUGGAAUGAUAGCCAUAUCAUUAUUCCAAUUUGUAUUCGCUUUUGGAGGGAUGUGCGCUUUUUGUGUAAUUAUAGGUGAUACGAUUCCUGAGGUCAUAAAAUCUAUCUUUCCCGGUAUAGUUGAUAUACCAGUUCUUUAUCUGUUUGGAACAAGAAAUUUUAUUAUUAUAAUUUGUACCGUUUUCGUAUCCUAUCCGUUGGCUCUUUAUCGAGAUAUUUCAAAAUUGGCAAAAGCAAGUGGUUUGGCCUUGAUUUCUAUGGUUAUUAUUGUGGUUAGUGUUGCUGUAGAGGGUCCUCAAGUAACUCCAUCUCUCAGAGGCUCAGAUGUUGCAAAAUGGGAUUUUAUACAUCCAGAUGUUUUUCAGGUAUUUUAUAGUUAUAGUAUGCCUACUAUGAAUCGAUUCGCAGUAGUUACGCAUUUAUCUACUUUUGUAUCCAUGAUAGCAUGUAUGUUGAUGGCAUUAAUUGGUUAUUUGGUAUUUACAGAUAAAACUCAAGUUAUAACCACACUUCUUGUCGGAAGUGCUAUGAUAAUUUCUUUAAUGACAAGUUCACUUGGUACAGUACUUGAACUUACUGGUGGGUUUUCUGCAACAGCAUUGGCUUAUAUUCUACCUCCAGCAUGUUAUUUAAAAUUAUCUUCAGGUAAAUUAUUAACUUUAAAUAAAUUACCUGCAAUAUUAUGUGUGAUAUUUGGUAUUUUGGUGAUGGUAUUAAGUACUAUUUUAAGUAUUGCAAAUAUUAUAAGCGGAUGGAUAUAA